AUGAAGAUGGAUAAAAGAAGAAGAGUUGAUUUAGAUGAAUCAAAACAGAAGUGUGAAGAAGAGCAAAUUCAAUUGAAAUUAAAGAAAGUGAAGAAAGUAUCUUCGUCUUUGAUAUCUUUGAAUAAUAACAAAAUGAAUUUCUCUACAUUACGUAUCAGAUCAUCACCAAAUUCAAUGUUUAAGAUUAUUAAGAAGCUUAGUUUUGAGCAGAAGAAAUGUGUGAAAGAACUUGGAUUUAAAAGUUUAUUGAAGUUGGAAAUUGACGAUUUACCUUCAAGACUUAGCUAUUCUGUUGUUCAUAACUUUGAUUAUGAAAAGAUGAUAUUAAAAGUUAUGAACAAUGAAAUUAAGGUAGAUAGUCAAAGUGUAAAUGAGAUGUUAGGAAUUCCAAUUGGAGAAAAAGAAGUGGAUCAGCUUCCAUUCCGAGCUAAAGAUGAUCAAUGUUAUGAUAGGUGGAUAAACCAAUUUGCUGAUAAAAAGAACAUCAGAUUGAAAGAUAUCGUGAAUGCAAUUAUUUCAACAAAAGAAGCUGAUUUCAAUUUCAAAUUGAAUUUCAUUGUGUUGUUUUGUAACACACUGGUUGAAGUAUCCAAAGACAAGAGUUAUUUCAGUGGACUAGUCACAUACUUACUGUUAUUGUAUGUUGACCAUGUUGAAUUUGAUGGGCAAUAUGCUGCUCGUCUACGUCCAGCAAUAAAAAGCUGGAAUUCUCACAAAUUGAGUCAGAGAGAAAAGCGUGAGAUUGAAGUUGGGAUGUUUGGAACCGGAAAGGAUUACUUGUCAAGUUUGGGAAACUUGUUUGAAUCAAUUAAUGUGAAAAAGAGUAAAAUGUUGAUGAAACUUAAGGAGGCUCUUUUGAAAUAUCCAAGUGAUGAAAAUUUGAAAGAAUGGAAAAACAUAUUAUUUGAUUUUGUUUUUGUUCCCAAAGAUUUUUUUGAGGAAGACACGAUGGAGAAUUUAAUUGAUAGUUUUGAACAUAUUGAUGGACAAAUUGUUCAGCAUUUAUUGGGAAGAGAGCAAAGUCAACAUGAGCAAAUAGAUGCCGAAUUUGAUCCUGAUGAAUUUUUGGUGAACGAGAUAGAUUGUAAUUUUAAAGAGGGAGGUAAAAAAGAGGGAGGAGAAAAAGGAAAAGUUUGUAUAUAUGAAGAAAGAAAGAAGGAUAUUGUUUUUGAGUUGACAAAUACAAUUUGUCAAAAACCACUAUUUAUAUAUAAAAGAAGAGAGAAAUCUAAAUUGGCAGCAAAUCAAAAAGUUUUUCAAGCAUCUUCUGCAGUUGAUACACUUCAAACAUCUUCUGUAGUUGAUACAAUUCAAGAAUCUUUUGCAGUUGAUACACUUCAAACAUCUUCUGCAGUUGAUACACUUCAAACAUCUUAUGUAGUUGAUACAAUUCAAGAAUCUUUUGCAGUUGAUACACUUCAAACAUCUUCUGCAGUUGAUACACUUCAAACAUCUUCUGUAGUUGAUACAAUUCAAGAAUCUUUUGCAGUUGAUACACUUCAAACAUCUUCUGCAGUUGAUACACUUCAAACAUCUUCUGUAGUUGAUACAAUUCAAAAAUCUUGUGCAGUUGAUACAAUUCAAACAUCUUCUGCAGUUGAUGAGAUUCAAACAUCUUCUGCAGUUCAUACAAUUGAAACAUAUUCUGCAGUUGAUACAAUUCAAACAUCUUCUGCAUUUGUUCAAGAACAAUAUGCAAAAAAAUUAAAAUUUGUUUAUAACAAAAAUAGAAUUGUUGAUGUCAUUGUUGAUGUCAAAUCAGAAUUAACUCAAGAAGAAUUAAUGUAA